AUGAGUCACAAAGAUGCGAUUAGUCACACCUCAUACCCGCCCCGCCGCUCAUACCCGCCCCGCCGCCGAGGCAAAGAUGAAUGUGUCAUUGAAGAAGCUGAAGUAUCAGGGGAGUUAACAAGCAGGAGCUCCAUGAAGUUUACUCUCCCUGAGCUGGCAGUGAUCUCAAGGAAGAGACUGUCUUGCCAUCAGAUUUAUGGCGCUAUACCAGCUAUGACGUUGGCCAAGACACUUAGAAGCCUUCAUCUUCAUCCUUACCCUUCUGUAUCAGUAAAAAGGAGCACUUGGAAGACUGAGAUUUCUUACUCAGAGGCCAAAAGGCCAAGGGAAACACAAAUCCAUGAGCUAUCGAAGGUGAUCUUUGAGGGAGCAUUUCCAAAGCUGGAUGAACUUGGUCAACCUUUCUACCUCACAUUUCACCAAAAUGUGAAUGUUAAGGCAUCAGGAUCCGGCUGUAUGAAAGUGCAAAAUAUAGAGUGCGAUAAUUGCAAAAUUGAAACUGCAGGGACCAGCAUCUUUCCGUCUGUUAAGAGUCAAAAAUUGCAUGUUCAAACAAAAGGAGGCAAUGUGAUCUGUCUGGGAACAGUUUACGGAAAUAUAGAUAUUCAUGCAUUGGGUAAAAACACUGUGACUGUAGAUGAACUGCAGGGAAGUUGUGUUAAUAUAUCUACUGAAGAUGGUUUGCUGAAAGCCAAGUAUCUUUAUACAGAAUCUUCAUUUCUGUCUUCUGUGGCUGGGACUAUUACAUUAGGAAGUGUUCAUGAUUCAUCCUCAGAUGAAUGUCUCAGAGCCUCUGGAUGUCUCAGAGCUUCAACUCACCAGGGUGCCAUCGAUGUUUACAUCAGCCACCUGGGGGAAGUGGAACUGAAAUCAUGGGACGGCUCUGUUAUUGUCAAGGUCCCAUCUUCUCUACCAGCUUAUUUACAGUUAUCGGGAAAAGAAGUUGUUGUGAAUCCAGAAUUUCAUGUUGAGGAAAUGACUGAAGAUCACAAAGAUGGUGGUGUAACAAUUACUGGGCUAAUGAACCAGAGCAAACAUGACAGAUGGAUAAAUGCUGCUGCCCCCAAAGGCACUGUAAAUUUUAGACAUCAAAGCUGGUUUCAGUCCCUGAAGCUGCAAGAGUAA